ACGAGGUAGUUUCUGAAACCCGGUACCCGGUGAUGGGGAUAAUUACAGGUUGAUCCUGCAAAUCUUCUGCGCGGCGAAUGGAAGCCGGAACGUUGAGGGCACUUUUUCUUUGUCUGAGCGUUCUCUUAUGACUGUUUCGAGAAGCGUAUCAUCGUCGCGGCAAGUGGUGAUAUGGCGAUCAGCCUGAGGCGCGUCACUGUCGCCGUACUCGCAGUUUACAUCGCGCUGACCUGUUACACUGCCUACGUGCUUAUCUCCAAAAACUACGGCUCCAAGACGAAGGACAGCGGACGGAAAGGCUCGUCCGGCUUGUCAGGAUCCAAGGAUGGGGCCGAAUGGAAUCCAUGGGGAGAAGAGCUGAGCCGGAGCAACUCGUCACAUCUGGCCCACACAAUUGAGAUAUGGGGCAAAGCAGCCAUAGGCUUGUAUCUGUGGGAACACAUCUUCAAUGGCAAGUUGGAGCAAAAGGGAGAUGGAGCAUGGAGCUAUGGCUUCAGGAAGGUUGGCAACCUCAAGUUCAAGUUUAGGACUGGCCCAUGGAUUGUGCCGACGACAGUGCCCCAGGAUGUGACGCACGUUGUCUUGGUGCUGAAUGGACGGGAGCCAACCAAGGUGGCAGCGGCCCGGAUGUGGCUGGACGCUCUGCCCACCUUCCGUCGACUCAAAGGAGUCGCUGUCGUCCUGUUGGGCGAUGAGGCCUGCUCUGGAAACACGUGGCUGCUGCCCUACCUGAAGUCGCGGGGUGGCAGGGUGUCGGCUGCAUUCAUUGUCUACGACACGCCACUGGUGGAUGAUGUUGAGGUCUUCCAGUGGCCCCUGGGCGUUGCCACGUAUCGUGGGUUCCCCAAGGCCCCCAGCACACUCCUGGCAUCCGAGAGUCAACGCCCUUAUCCGUGCAACUUUGUGGGCACCGUCUAUCCAGGAUCAUCACGGGAAGAGCUGCUGCGUGUUCUGGGAGAUCGCGGCGCCCCCUGUUACUUGAACACACGCAACGAGUGGCGGCCCCUGGAAACCAAGGAGUCGCUAGAGUCAUAUCUCUUGGCUCUCAAGCUGAGUGACGUCACACUCAACCCGGCAGGCAAAAAUCCAGAGUGCUACCGCAUUUACGAAGCGCUGGAGUUUGGCUCACUGCCCGUGCUGGAGGACAGGACACUGUCGCCAGGUUGCGCUCGCGCAGACGAUGCCAAUGGGACCUUCCGUCUGCUCAAGAAGCACAAGGCUCCGCUCGUUUAUGUCAGAAACUGGACGGAGGAAUUGAUGCCCAUCCUGGAGAGGGAGGUCGCCAUGAAACCCAAGGAGCAGGCAGAGAGAAGGCAGGCCCUGGUGUCAUGGUACACGUCUUUCAAGCGCGCCAUGCGAGACAGGUUCAUACGAGUGCUGACGGACAAAUUCUUCAUCGAGGAGAUCAACGAUACAUGACGAAAGUUGAUGAUGCGCAGCAUCUAUGACCUUCUAAGGACUAUGGUCUUGUCCUGGUGAUUGUGCAUGCGAUGGUCCACUAAAACUAAAUGAUGCGUGGCAUCUAGCAAGCACUAAGGCCUGCAGCUUCAUCCCAGUGGUAGUGGAAAUGCUGGCACAUCCGAAUGCAACAGUGAUAGAUACAAUGCCAAGCAUGACUUGAUGUGCUGCACGGUGCCAAUUGUUCUAUUUUUGGUGAGAACUCAACGCCGGUAUCAGCUCAAAGGGCAGACGAGCUGAAAUGCGUCUAAUAGCAGUAUGACAUCUGCUUGAAAUUGUUGCCACAAAUCAUAUACGUCAUCCGUGACAAAAACUUUGUGUGUGUGUGCAGCUAUCUUUCUGGUGAAAGUGUCGAUUUGGUGUGCCAAGUACGAGUCAUCCGUAGAACUCAUCGAAUGUAAAUAAGCUUGGCUUUGUUGGACAAGGUGCUGAUUGUUCGCACCGCACCACAUGGCAACUUUCAACGAGUAAUUCCUGCAUUUCAGAAGCAGACGUUUAACUUCUCUAUCAAGAUUUUACUCGCAAGGGUGACCAUGCUGCUGAAAGUGGCCGUGGACCUCAUGGACUGCAACAGGAAAUGUAUGUGUACAUUAACUCAGUUACUGAAAGCAUCAGUAAGACUCAAUCAGUGUGAAGUGUCUAUAGUGUCUGCAGCCUUCUUGCUAGUCUUAUGUUCUCUAAACGGUCAAUGAUCAUCUAUUGUUCAGAACUGGCAUGCCACUGUGAUGUGGAAAGAGUGCAAUUCACUCAUCAUUUAUACUGUGCGACGAAGGCUGGCUGAGCCACAGAUGGUUUAUUCAAAGCAAAGCACCAUCACAUUCCUUGAAUAAGGAAUGCACUGUAAGUAUGUGCAUGUGAUAAUGAUGAUGCACAUGCAGACUGCUCACUAUAUUAUUGCGACAGCAAAUUGUACGGACACUGCAAGUGCAUUUGCGCCGCAGGUGUUGUUGUGAUGUCCUACUAUCAAUAACGCAUGGCGGUGCAACUGUGAAGGAUUAGGAAGCCUCUAGAAACAGGAAGCAACGUUUUUAUGUUACUUUCAGUUUGAAAGCUCCUCCCAAGCAGCGCAUGGGAGGAGCUUCACAAUGUGGCACCAAUGUCGCUUUCAGUGUGGAGAGAGCGUGCUCAGUAGCCAUCGCCGCUAAACCUCAUCCACUAUCGUGGUGGGAAUCAACACGUAGAAUUCAAAUCUGUGGACUUUUUUUUAGUUGUCAGGUAAGAGCUUCAGUCUCGGAGUUAACAGUUGGCAUCAUCAAGACAGGUGAGAUAGAGAGCAGGUUGAAGCAAGGUCAAGAAAAACUGCAGUAUUUUACUUGCUUCGUACUUUAUCCAUCACAUCGCAUUUGCAAUGUUUAUCCUGGAUAAUGUAAUGUCAGUUUGCAUUGCACUAUAAAUGUUUCUUGCGAAGAAUGCAUGAAACAUGUAGGAAAAGAAGUGCUAUAAUAAGGAAUGGGCGCUCGUAGAGAAAAGAGAAGGAAGGUGAGGUUCGAGCAAGCUCUCGAUUUUCAAGUCUGUCUCUCACAUUUUUAAUACAAACAUAAAGAAAAGUUAGAGCAUUGUUCCGUUCUGGUUUGAGAACACAGUUGUGAAAUUCUGUGCUCGGUUAUCGGCACAUGGAACACAGAACAGACUAGAUUUAGACUAGACACGUAGUACACAUAUUAGACAGCUACGAAUUUCACUCGGUAUGAAGUGCAAAGGAGCAAUUUACAUGGGCUGACUUGGUGCAGUGUAAACAGGGUCCUUUGUCUUUGGGUAAAACCCAAAAAUUCCAAAUUUUUUGCACCUUAGAUAAAAUUUGAUGAAAAUUGGUUUAAACCCAAUUUCUCCUCAAAGUUUGCACUUUCGUGAAGAAUAAUAAUAAAUGUAGGUGCUACAAAACUAAUGAACACUGCCUGCACUCUGUGAGCAAGAGGUAACGAUAUGUAAUAUACCUAGUAAGUAUUAUUAUGGAUACAACAAUACCCUCCUGCUUGAUCUUCGGACAGACAGACUAGACAUAAUAUUUAUUUCACUGCAUACAAAUCAACAAAAAUUGAAUUCGUUCACACUUGGUUCGAAAUGUGGAAGUGAUGGCUACUGAAGACAAGCUUUCUUAUUUGCAAUGGAAACUUUCUCACUGUUUUCAAACCUUGUAUUCACGUCUCUUGCAUAGAGGUGCAUGCAUGUAACUAUGACAAAAUUCAGCACACGGCAUCUAAAGUGGCCAUAUGCCCUGCACAUUGAAGCCGAGCAAGGUUUUAUCAUUCCUACUCAUCGUCUAACACUAUCAACGAAAAUGGGACCUUCUUUCAAAGGAAUUAAAACUGCUUUGUUUACUACAUAUUUGUAAAAUCUGUCAUAUUUUUGGCAGGAUGCUUGAGGCAUCCUUGCUUGAAGCUCCUGUUCACUGUCAGAUGCCAAUCACUGCCAACAACUGGAGAGCUGUUGUCCUCGAUGCAGGAAGGGCAUGGUGUGGUCUUGCUGAGCUUGUGCACCACAUAGCCUGAAAGUAAUAUAUAGGAUACCUUCAUCUAGUACUCCUUUGAAGUAAAUGUGCUCACUUUAACUGUGCGGGGGUGAGUCGUUUGGUUCUGGUGUUAACUCAGUCACUCUGGACUCAAUUAGUGCAGGUGGACUUGCUUCCAGCUGUGUGCUUCUCUCGAUUUCUUUUAUGUGUCUUAAGCACCCAAAAUCAUUUGGUUCUCCACACUUCCACACGUACCUGUCUCUAUACUUAUAUGUGUGUGGACUUAGCAGCUGGAAUAUUUGCAUGAAUUUCAGGAUUGUUGGAAACGAUUUGUCACCUCCAAAUGAGUGCACCUGUCCGAAGUGGUGCUGAAAAGUGUAGAAGACUGACAAGUUCUACUGAACCCCAGAUUAGCUUAGAAUCGAAGAAACGGAACUGUACUUAUGCCCUCACCUCCAAACGACCCUGAUGGAGCUUAGCUGUAAGAAUAUGGUGGACAUCUUGGUCUAGCAGGUAUUGAAUGAUUUCAUGUUCUGACAGCUGUGAUGCAAAAAGUUUCAAGUCCUUCUGGACUGCAUUUCUCUUAGUGAUGUCAAACAACUAAAAAAAUUGUUCGAAGAUCUAGAAGUGACCAGAGCAAAGAAAGAGACCAUUAAUAGUUUUAGCCGGGAUAGCAGAUGCACUAAGCUGAAUAGCUAAAAAUAUCCAUGUAAUAUAACUUUGAUGCUACAUUACCAGUAUUGAGCCAUGUCAAAUUCCGUGUGCAGGCAACUUGACAUUCAGUACAUCAAAGAGUUGGUCGAGGAUAUUUGUGAAUGCCUCGUUACCUUCAGAGUGUUCCAUGCCAGUUACCUUCGCUUCCCUGUAAGUUCUAAUUCCAACUCGUGUUAAUAUGCUGUGAAAACUGAAAAAGCACAAUUCAGUUUAAAUUUGCUAGGAAACGCAUCAUUCAUUCAUUGACAAAUGAACCAUACUUAUGUAGCACAUCUCACUGUAGCACGGUCACUUUAUGAAGGCUGAAAAUUUUCACUUCCAUUAAGGCAUUCUUAAAUGCCAACUGCUGCUUUUAUGGGAGCAUGUGAAGAAUAUUAUCAAUUUGUGGUUCGCUGAGUGAAUGCAGAUAUUCUUUCAUGGCAAGGACUUCUUGACUCUCCUCUUCUCUUCCCAGGGUGCCACAAAUUGCUUUGCACCUCAGUGAUUUAAUUGGAAUACUCUUUGGCCCCUUCAGCCUCGGUUUCGUGCCUGGUUCUCUGCAUGCUGCAGAAAAAGCUUCCAGAGUGUCUUGCAUUGUGUACAAGUGGUGUUCAAGCGCAAAGUAGUGGAUCUUUUUCAUUGCCAGUUAUCACCAUCCUUAGUAGCCACUGCAGAUGACAAUGUAUGGAGGAUACAACAUAGCAAAGGAACCCUUGCAAAAUUUUAUCUUUUCUAUGUAGUGAAAAAAACACAUGACAUCUUCAAGUGAAUGUAUGUCCCUGAAUUUAUUGGUGGUGUACACUGUUGAUGACACAGAUUGACCAUGGGGCAUUGACUGAAAAACUGAGGCAGCUUGUUGCUACAACAGCCUUUUCUACUCCAGAAACAGCAUCUUUGACAUUCAGCUUGUACAGGACGACCAAAGUGUCCAGAGAUUUGAGUGACCAACCUUCAAUUCCUUGGCCUGCUUUUGCCAAGCCUAGGGGUUCGCUGUACAGUAACAAGGUAGUCUCCACGGGAAGGGAAUUGUAAUCCUCACCAUGAAGGCUCAUUGUCGCACUUGUUUGGUUGCCGUCAACUUUUUUUUUUUUUUACACCGCUUCACCCGAGAGGCCAUAUGCCCAGCCGAUUCCUUGCAUUUCUGCGUGGGUGUUGAAAGGUAUUUCGAGCAGUCGGGGAACAAUGUGGCAUGACGUCUUUUAAGGCCCAUUUGGAAUGCGUAAUGACAACAAUGCCACCAUUAUUGUUAUGCACAAAACCCUUUAACACGUCCUAUUCUUUGAAGUGGAUGCCACAGACAACAAAAGAUCAUGAAAGCUAUCUUUAGAGUUGGACGGAUCGCACACUUCCCUUUUUGUAGGUGUGCCAAAACACUGGGCAGCUAGAAAAAGAAAAUUUUUUCGGCCUUCUUCGAAUCAUAGCCGCUUUUUACAGCCAAGCAUAAAGCAGAAUGCCAUGUUCUCUUCUCACUGAAUUAGCAUAACAAAGUGUCAAUUUCCAAGGCGUAAACAAGCACACAUGCAGAACCAUCGCUCUCGUCUCUUCGACCAGGCAGCGAUGACGGUGGCAACAAGCCGGGCUGGUCGGGCAAACAGUGUUGUGAGCACCACUGCAUGGCGGCACACUAUGCAGCGUAGCUUUCAAAUUGAAAUUUUAAAAAACAUUGAUGCAAAGUGCAUUUGGCUCCAAAAGCAUUGAAGCCAAGUAGACACACCGUCAUGUUUCGCUCAGUCAGCUCUCCUAGAACCAGGGCAGUGCGUUCUGGCUUCCACUGCUGGUGUGGGCAUUGUGUGUACACACAGCAUUCGUACUGAGCAGCUGUAUGCAUAGCACACCGUGCUUAAAUGUCAAGCUAAAUUUAACCCUUUCUUGUGCGCUGACCAACACUGACACUUUUCCUUCAGUCUCAUCUCAUGCACCACCUGCGACACCUGCAACACCGCUGGCACUCUCCUCAUCACGCCAGCAUUCUGAGAUGUUUUCAGCUCGGAGCCAAACGAACUGCCGAUGUCUUCAGUGUUCGUUAAAAUGUUCGAAUCAAAAUAGCUUGAAUUAUCUUCGUAAACUGCCCUGUUACAUGGACACAGGAGUUGCAGGUGCAACAAAAGCCUCAAGAGUUGUACCCGUUGUGAAUAUACUGUGUUAAAAUUAAUUUCUCCAUUGACAUUAUCAUUAGAAAGUCAAAGCUGCGGGACUGUCACCAUUUUAUUUGUAUACCAUGUUGCUGUGUUGUUGAGCCUUGUUGACAAGUGUAUACAUUGUUUGAAUACAGUGAUACUAUACUGGUGAAUCCUUGUACAGUCCUUGCUUGUUCAGUAGCACUGAAAAAUGUGGCGUUUUAAGCACGAAAUGCUUCUUCGGCCCAUGAUGAGAAGAUUUACAGAGAAUGUCUUUAAUCUAGCAAAGCCUAUCCAAGAAAAGUAAUUUGGAAACAAUUUCAAGUCAUUUGGAUUCCAAUAACACUUCAAAUUCAUUGACAGUUAACGCAAGUCAUUCAUUCAUUAUACCCCAAAUCAUCAUUGUCAUCAGCCUGGUUAUGCCCACUGCAGGGCAAAGGCCUCUCCCAUACUUCUCCAACUACCCCGGUCAUGUACUAAUUGUGGCCAUGUUGUCCCUGCAAACUUCUUAAUCUCAUCCGCCCACCUAACUUUCUGCCGCCCUCUGCUACGCUUUCCUUCCAAAUAAUAAACGUCAUUCUCCUGCAGCAGCCAAUUUCAAACCAAGGCCAACCUGACUGGCUGACUUGCAAACCACCGAGAAAUUGCCAAUGUGCAUGUAGUAGUAUAUGUGAUGUAAGGUGUGCUCUAUGCAGUCUCGGAGCAUGUGCAAUUCUUGAAACCACAAUAAAAUACACUUGAGCGUUGCCAAUACAUUUCUCUCGUUCGUAUUCUGUGUUAUAAUGUUGCUGAAGCCCGCUCCCUACGACAGCUGCAGUUGACAUAUGCAUGUCACUAUGCAUUAUGCAUAGUGACAUAGUUGUCAUUAUGCAUGCUGACAUAUGUUUCCUUAGGAGCUACAUUCUAUUUCAUCAGUUCCGUGAAAAGCAUACUAGAGAAGUUCUACUGUGCUUGCCUGUCAUCAAAACAGGAAGUGUUAGCAGCAUGUUGUAUGCUGUAAGAUAGGGUUUGCAAGUAAUAAAGGAGCAGAAAGAAAUGAGAAUCUAAGGGCAGAGCAGCAAUGGCAGAAUGAGGCAAAUUUCAUAAAAGCAGUCAACUGAUUGCAAUAAUCUAGCUAUGCUGGUGUAUUUAUAAAUGCAGCGGCAGACAGUGUACCGUGCACACAAUUCGAAGCCCAGCCCGCCUUCGCCUUCUUCUCUUUGGCGUCCCAGGACAAACCACACCGUGACAUUAUAUUGCACACAGUAGCACAAAAACUGUGCACUUUCUUUAAAAUAAGAACCUCGUCCACCUUGCACAUUUCCACAGAAAUAAUUUUGCAUAUUGACCUAUAUCUCUACGCUUCGAGUUGUCAAUAUGAGUGUGAAUCGAAAAGCCUUUGCCCCUAUAUUUUUCAGCCAAAUUACGGCUGUAAAUUCAAAGUCAACAUAUCUGUUCUCAGCGGUGGACCUUCCUUGUACCGGCCCGGCCUUAUCUGCCACUAGCUCCGUGGGCAGCACUGCUGGUGGUUGUUGAAGAUAUCGGCUGUGCUUCACGCGUCCAUGGCAUACGAGGAACGAAAUACAAUUAAUUUUCUAUGGAGCAAGGGACGAACGCCCAUCUAAAUCCACAGGGAAAUGCAGCCCAUGUAUCGGGAAAGGUGUCUCACUUUGAGAAGUUUGAGGUGGUGGUGUUGUGAGUUCGCAAAAGGCCGUGGAGACUUGCAUGGCAAUGAGUGUUUGGGGAGGCCUCGUGCACCACUGACUGAUGACAGGGGUCUCCCAAAUUUAUUGGUGAAAUGGGAAAAAUUUCUGAACCGGUGCGGGGACUACGUGGAAACGUAGUGUAAGGUACGUAGAAUAGUAUGUAUAUCUGUAAUUACCUGAUGUACCUUAUUUUGGCUAAUAAAAUAUAGGGGCAAAGACUUUCUGAUUUGCCCUCGUAAUUCAGACUUGCUCUGCAAACUGCUAGCCUCCUGAUAAAAUCCUGCUGCCUCAGUUGAGCUCGUAUGGUAGAGUGACUUCCCCGGAAAGGUGUUGGGUUGCGGGUUCGAUCGCUGAACCAGGACGAAUCAUUCUCCAAUUGCAAAGCUUGGUUUCUGAAAUGCUACCUGUGUGGGUUUCCUUUGUAGCUUCAUGCUACAGUCGAGUGGACGACAUCUUUUCUCUUUAAUAAAAGCUUCCUCCAAUUUGUGGAUUUCUGCAGAGCUGAUAUUGCAUAUUCUGUGUGUAAUAUACUGCCACCUACUUAUACCACUGCUUUGUGCUUUGGGAAAAACUGCAGAAAGAUUAUUUUUAUUCUUGAGAAUGAGUACCUACUAAGGAACAUGCAACAAAUUAUUAGAGUGAGCCAUGCAACCGAUGUACUGAAAACUUACUUUAUAUGACUAUCUCACUUCUGGCAUUCAUUAGGAGAGCCAGUGAAAAUGGUCAGUUUUAACUUGGUUUUGAUCCAGCUCUUCAUAAGAAUGCCAGUGGUCACGUUAUGUUGAGCACUCGGAUUCUGAAAGUGAGCUGUUUAAACCUCCAAACUAGUUUGACUGCAUGCUGCAUUAUUCUCGCAUGCUUUCUUGUGCAUCUCUAUUGUGGUGGAGAGUAACGCCCAUUUGUUCCCAUCCGUUUCACUUUUAACCACUUUCAUGUCUGUCAGUGUGAACUCAUCUUUUUGAUCGGAGGACUGAUUCAAAUAGAUCGGUAUUCAAUUUGUUAUUUGAAAACACUCAGUUUUAAUACCUGCCUCCUGUUUAGUAUGUGCACAACAUGAAGACGUUGCUAGUCAUGAAAUAAUGCAAGGUAUUGUUUGUCACUACGUGACCAGAAGCCAGCUGCGAGGUGACAACCACUUGCUGUGGGCCGAGGCACAUUGUCUCACCAAGACAACAUUUUCUUGUGCAGCCACCUAUACAAAAGGUUAGAUUUGAAAUGUUGGCCAGUAGUUAUGAAUUGGUGUCUAGACCACUUGGCUUCUUGUAAAUAUGUGUAUUGAGCAUUAAAAAGUGAUGCAUUUUGGAAGGAAUCAACAGAAUAGCAAGAACCCAUGGGAAGGAUUGCAGAUGGCUGUGCAGACAACUGCAACCUUUCUCCUGUGCUGUAGGCCACGUCUAGUCUUAACAGCUAAUGAGUGAACCAUUUCAGACAUAUUUGCAGACUGUUGGCUUCCGUCUCCUAUGAAGGGUUGUUCCCCCAAUUCCAUUCCCUGUGACGAUUGUAUUUAAAUAGCAUGCACUAGGAAGAAGACAUGCGCAUGCACUUAUAUUUGUAUUGUUAGUAAGGGAGGCAUGAAUCGUGUAAAUGAUGCACCCAUUUAUCUUUUUGGCAAUGAAUUCUGGUUGUUCAACCCAUUCCUGCAAUGAAUGCUCGAGUUCUGGACACAUGUUUGUAUAUACUAUGUACAUCAGACUUUGGUCUGCAAAUAAAGGGGUUGAAGUUAGCACCUGCCAUGCCCUCUUCAACACUAUAUGUA